AAAACGUGGUCGUAGGAUCACUAGGAUCCUCCGAACAAACGUCAGGAAUCCGCGCCGUUCUCUCUUUCGUUUCUCCGUUAGUUAGAACAAACGAAAAUCGCGUGACCUAUAAAAAUCACACCUAUGAGAAAUAUGAGCUUUCCGCGACCGUCGCCUUUUAACGAGAUGCAAAUUUGCGUGAUUUAUUCCUGAAGGCCAGCCGUAACAGAUAGUCGUGUCGCAAUAGAGUGUUGUCGCAUGACAUCGAAAUCGUGUGAACGCACAUGCCCCGAAUAUGAAACACGAUAUGACACUUGUUUGCGAGACAUAUUUCCCCUAAUGAAGUUUGUAAUUUAAGCUACGAAUGUUUUCAUCAUUUGUUACGAGAUAAAACGUGGGAGAGGAGGUAGAUCUUAUAAUGCAAUUGUUUCUAAAAGAAACAAUUGGCAAUGACUGAAGACAGAUUGCAAUUGUCAUAAUGCAUCUUUAUCCACAUUGGAAUUAAGAUUUGCCUUUUCCUCCACUAUGUUGGCUACACAAUUGUUCAGUUCAAUUGGAAAUCGCUCAAUUUCAACAGUAUCAUAUCUACCAAUUGAUAACAAAUGCUCGAUCUAGUUUUUGUAAAGGCAUAACUAAAGAAUGAUGGUAGCCUAGUGAUGUGCCUUUAUCUUUGGUGUUUUAAUUUUACUAUGACUAAAACAAUUUGCACCAAAGAUGGAUAGCUCGGAAUAUGAGAUGAUUAGGAACAUGACGCUUCUCUUUUUCUUCGAACGACUGAUGGACAAAUCUGGCCCACGCACACUACACGAUUUGAGUUGUCAGUUCGGAGCUAAGGGCUUCACGAAGGAGAUGCGGCAGAUAGCGGGAGGUUCACAAAGUGGUCUUAAAAAAUUUCUAUCGCAAUAUCCAGCUCUCUUCUUGAUCGAUGGCGAUUACGUGUCCGUCAAUACGUUCCAGCCGAUCGUGGAAGAGGAGAGCGGUAGUAAAAGCGCAAUUAAACGUGAUUACGCCCGUGAGGCCGUAGAAUACUUUACGAAUAAACUGGUGCAGUACGGCAUGGGUAUUGAAGUGCCUAUCAAAAGUCUCCUGGGUCACCGAUCGCAGGCCUCGCCGGAGGUCAGGCAUAUAUCCGGUCAGCACUACAAGGAGUUUCGUGACUUUCUCCUCAAGUAUCCUGACGCGUUCGUGGUUACGGAGGAUAACGUGAUAUUGAAGCAAUACGAAGGCAUGAAGCUAGAGCGAUUGUUGGAGUUAGAGCCGGACAUUCCGAUCGAUCCGGAAGUCACGGCGAAAUUGUUGGACUUCUUCUGUGUAUGUAUCGAGCAGAAAGGUCCGAUCUUGAUCGACCAAUUGUUCAAUAUGAUGAGCGAUAAAUUUUCCCACGAGAGUUGGUUGUGCAUAUUCAAGAUGCCUCAAGAUCUGUCAACUUUCAUCAAGAUGUUUCCGGAUGCGUUUCACGUACAGAGCAACCUGGUGACGCUGAUAAGCCGGUCAAAAUCUUCCGUCGCUACCGAGUCUACGACGGGUUCAGCCAUGAAAACGAAGAUCUCGAGCAGCGGCGGUGUCCGUAAUCAGAGCAACAACAGCUUGACGCCGAACGCGUUGUCUGUCACCCCACCGAGUAAAAUCCAGUUCUCGCAGCCGCCACAGCAAUACUCGCAGCCGGAGAACGUCUGCAAUAACGCCACUGCUCAACCGAAUUCGCUGCAAAACGCGUAUACAUCGUCACCCGUCGUCGAAAGCAAUAAUAAUUCACCGCCGGUGAGUCUGCAGCAGCAGACUCUCAAGCAGAGGAUCAAUACGCUCGUGAUGAAGACGCUAGCGGACAACACGGAACGUGACCGUAGUCUGCAAACUGCACAGAUGGGAGACGCCUGGAAACUGAAGGUUCUACAGCAGACCAGGGUGAUAGUGUCACCGAGAGACAGUCUCCAGAUCAUAGAGGAUAUAAUUAAUCCUCGGAAGCCGCCUUCCGAUGGCAAGAUAGUCAUCUCUUUUGACUGUGAGGGCAUCAAUCUCGGCGUCAAGGGGCAGUUAACUCUCAUACAGAUCGGUACGAUGAGCGGUCAAGUGUACGUGUUUGAUUUGUUCACAUGUCCGAGUCUCGUUCAAAAUGGAGGUCUUCGAAAGCUGCUGGAACAUAAAAAUGUUGUUAAGGUUAUUCAUGACUGUAGGAACGAUAGUGUCAAUCUGUAUAAUCAAUUCAAAAUUAUGUUGACGAACGUUUUUGAUACACAGGCUGCUCAUGCAGUACUACAGUUUCAAGAAACGGGGAAGCCUGUGUACAAAGUUAAAAAUGUUAAUCUGAAUACAUUAUGUGAUCAUUAUGGUGCUCCGUGUAAUCCGCUUAAAGAACAAAUGAAGAACAUUUACCGUAAGGAUCAACGCUACUGGUCCCGACGACCGAUGACUCGCGACAUGCUGAUUUACGCGAGCAGCGACGUUCUGAGCCUUGUACCUCAAGUCUAUAAUGCCAUGUCCAGACUUAUCAAGCCGGAGGUACAAGGUCUGUUUGUAGAGCUGUGUGAGGAACAGAUUCAAAUGCAUAUAAGACCGACAGAGGUGAAAGCACGUAAGAAGCAACGAAAGGUCGAGACUGAAGUGGCAGAUCUGAAAAAGAGAAUGGAAGAGGCGACGAGCAAGAACAUUGUACUAAGCAAUCGUGAGAUUCGACUCCUUCGCUAUUUGGAUCUUACCGAGGAUGAGAAGGAAAAGCUUAAAGGGAGCUACAAAGUUGCGAAGAAACUGGAAAAGUUGGAAAAUAUGGGUCAGGAUAAGGGCGACAGUAGUGACGACGAUGAUGAGGAUAAGACGGACGAUGUGGAGUAUCCCAGUAUGGAAAGUUACACUUCGGAAAAUUCUCAUUCUGGUGGCAUACUGUCACCCCGCAAUGCCGAUACUCCAAGCUUGACAGAAUCGAUGCAGAUGGUGGACGAGAUACUUUCGGACGGUCGGAUGGAUAGGCUGGAGAAGAUUGAGAAAUUGGAAGCCAUACUCUCGGCAGUCACUAGCUCCGCGACUGACCAGCUUUCCGCCAACAGUGCAGAGGCAUCUCCUACUAAAUGCGUCUGUUCCUGUCAAGGCGACAAGAUUGACAGCCCGCGGGCAACUAUUGGAACUAGCGUGGCUUGCCAAACGCUUAGCACUGGUGAUAUAGUGAUUACUAGAAUCUUUGUCAGCGAGGAAGAAAAGGAGAGAGUAAAAUUACUGAACUCGCCAAAAAAGUAGGUAUUACAACUGCUGUGAAAGUAGUAGAGAAGUUGCCAUUUAUAGGUUUUUAUAAAAGCGAAUGAACGUAUGGAAUGAAGGAAUUAUAAGUAGUUGAGAAAAUUUAUCUAUUUUAAUGUAAUAUAAACGAGAUUUUCAUAGAGCAGAACCAGCGAAAUCCAAACGGAAUAUGCUUUCUGUGCGUCUGCUCCCUUAAAAGUGUCUUAAACGAAUAGGCCUUGUUAUAUACAAACGCCUUUCCGAAUCUGACGGUAUAGCAAUCAGAUUUUUAGGAAAAGGUUAAUUAAUUUUAUACGAGGAUGCACACACACGUAUAUAUACACAUCGUACGUUUAGUAUUCGCUUGAAGAUUGUCUUUCUUUGACGAGUUUUCAAGAAAGAUCGAAUGUGUUUUAAGUAACGAUAUGCGUAAGCACAGUGUGCGGACGAGAAUAUCGGUUUCGACAGUUCGCAGCAAUUUGCAAUUUUCGCAAAUGCAUCUUACGACGUUUGUCGUUAAUCUCAGAAUUAAAUAUAAAUCGUGAAUACUGAUUAAUCGGACGAAAUUUAUAUACGAGUAUCGGCAGAGUCCUCGUACUGUUCGUAGAAAUAUAACAAUUGGCAACGCUUUUUAUAAUAAAGCGUCGCGGAAUUAGUGGGAUGCAUAUCAUGCUUGCUGAAACGAAAUAUUUUUCCGUGAAGUACUGCAUUAAAAUCGCUGCUCGGUCUACGUUGCGCGUCACUCGAGAUAAACAAAUUCAUCGGCAGUGUAAGAAUGUAGAGCGUAACGGCAUGUCUAUCCAAUUUAUACAGCGAACGCUUGCUCUCGCGAGAUUCAAGAAGCUUGUGCACCACGCGAAGUGAUCUUACGCAGCCUCUCUCUUCCUUACACACAUCGACUACAAAUAUAAUUUAUUUUCAUAUAGCUAUACAAGUGCCAAGUUAUAUUAUAGAAUAUGUACAGAGUAAAAGACGGAUUAACAGAUAGAUUUUAUAUUUCUAUUUAAUUAUACCUGCUUGUGGUGAAUAUAAUUACGCUCGCACUUCCAAUGAAUGGGAUUACAAUUAGAUAAGAUUUCGAUGUAUUUAUCAUUCGUCGUGUCACAGUAGUAGAUCUACCUUUAAACGGCAUAUCAUUAGUACAUAAACUGCCAAUUUGUGUGGAACUGAGUGACGAUUUCGGCUAGAGACCUCGAUAAAUCCAUUGUCAUCGCGAGAAUCGCACAGGUGUUUUUAGUGCAAUACUUUACACACGGACAAGUAACAUUCAAUAUAAUUACGCUCGCGUAAUCCCGUUUUUAACACACUUGAACACGUGCUAUAAGAAUAACUGGAGAAGGAAGUCGCAUAGGCGAUUCAUCGACACAUUCUCAUCAAUUCCUACCAAUCGAGAGAAUGUGAGGCUCAAGUAAUAUCAAAUCGUGUUCGACUAUGUCGCGUUAUUCGUAUAAAAUAUGCCAGAAAUUGUUACAAUAUAUCUGGACAAUCUACAUGUAAAUUGUUUUGAUCUAAUCAAAACACCGAUUACUAGCAAUAUAUUUUACAAAUUCAAAUUCUCGAGAAUGCGAAUUACGUACAUUGGAUGUUCCUUAGUAUCUUAGUAUCUUUAUGUAGAUGUUUUAAUUAUAAUAUUUCAUCAAUGCGUAAGAACUCUUUUUUGGGAAAAUGUAUAAUCGUUGUUGCUACUAGAAAGGAUUAUUUAAUUGGUCGUUACAUUUGGAAACCAAAUUAUUAUUUCGGCAAUUCUAUAUGCCGUUAAGACAUUAAAAUACUUUCGUUAGAACAAUCUUGAAUUUUUACUGAUGUGAAGAUGAUUCUCGAUAUACUGUAAUUUUCUGUUAAAAUUAUAGUUACAAAAAAGUUAAUUACAUAUUUCGAUGUUAUAGAAGUUUGAUGAAUAGUAUUUUUAUGAGAUCUUUAGGCUUCUUUAAUUGAAUUUGAUUUGUGUUAUGAAUUCUAGAUUGAAUGAAAUGAAUUUAAUAGUCUAUUAUUAUAUAGACACAUUUCUUGUAUAUCGAUAAUCGUUUGUAUAUUUUACUUAUUAAGUCCUUUGUACUCAUCGCUUGGGUUUGGCAUGAUGAGAAAGACACUUGGUAAAACAUGUAAAGUUGUUACUCGCGCGAUUCUAGUUCAAAUUAAUUUCAACUGAAAUAAUUUGUCAUUGAUAUUUUUUCUGAACAUUUUUCAAUUGUUUAAAUUCAAUACCUUUGUUGGAGAUUUAUUGCGUAACUUAAGCUAGUUUUAUAGUUCAGAUGAGUGCGCAGAUAGUUGAGAGAAAAAUUUAUAUAGUAUUUGCUUUGGUGAUAAUCUAUUUUGUGGGUCCGAUUCGUUCGUUAUUUUGUUCAUCCUGGUCUUUGGAAAAGAAAAUGUCCUAAUGCCAUUCUAUAUUUAUUACUAUACAUUACGUUUUCUUUUCCAAUUAUCCAGGUAAUAAUAUUCUUACGAGCGAUAUUUUAAGCUUGGCCUAGAGAGUGUCAUCCGGAUUAUUUUGUAAUGCAUUUGUAUCAAGUCGAUUAUAGUAAUUAUACUAAACAAGGAACAUCACAAAAAUAUUUAUACAAAAGAAUGCUAAUUCACAUAAUUAUUAACAAUGACUAAUUCGUUACAUACCGAAAUACAUGCGAAAUAAAGUCUAAAACAAAUGUAUGUAAUAAAGGAUAUUACAAAAAAAAA